AUGACAGCAGCAUAUGCAUUUACAGAUUACCGGGCCCAAGGUCAAACAAUACCAAGCAUGUUAGUGGAUAUAGGAAAGCCACCAACACGCACACUCAGUUUCUUUAAUCUAUAUCUUCUUGUGGAAGAUGACAGGUUGAAGAGACACAGCGAACAGACAGCACGGUGGUGGAAGAGAAUGAAGGAUACAUUGGAAUAG